UCGCACUAAGGGAAAAUAGGAAAACUGUCGGGAAGGAAGGGGGAAGAGCAGUGAACAUACCUAUUAUCUAUUCUAGGUUGGUUCUAAAAGAGUACACAGUCAAGGGGGUCUUAGCUAUUCACUUUCAGCGUUAGUUUACCCAUGUUUGUGUAAUCUAGGUAAAGCUAUUUGGUGAAUAGGGGAAAUUCGACUUCACUACUCGGUCGUGCAGUGGGCUAAGAACGCCCAGAAUUGGAAUUGCAACGACUUUGCUACCGCAGCAGUUGGAAAUCUGAGUGUUUCGAUAGGCCUGGAUCCCUGUUCAAACAACGUCUGGGGACUUGCAUGAAAACAACAAAAGAAAUUGAAUGGGCGUGUUUCUUGUGAUGCGGACAUAGAGAGGCUCACACUGAACGAGGGAUACGUCAACGGGACACAUUACAGGAUGGAGCCUGGUCAAGUUGUCCAGGAGACGGUUACCGUGGAGGAGGACCCUCACGAGGUGCCCCCCGUCAUCUCCGUGGAAACCAGCGAAGAUGGCACCACGCGCCGCACAGAAACUACGGUAAAGAAGGUAGUGAAGACUACCAUGACUCGUACAGUCAUCCCCUCUGUGUCUGACAACCUCUCCCUGGAUGGAGGGGGGUCUAUGACAGGUGUAGGGGGUUACACCACCCCCAUGGAGCGGGUCUACAGACAGCCAGGUCCUCCCAUGGAUUACCCCACCAACACCGUGCCCCGAAACUACCACUACGGACCCCCGGGGGGGUACGAGGACUAUCGCCAGGGCCCUCCUCCCUCCAUAGGGGAGACCUACGCCAGCCUGAGCAGGGGAGCGCGCAUGGACGACCGCUACAGGCCAGCUGAUGGGUACCGGACCCUGGACUCAGGAUACAGAGCCAUCAGCAGGAACCAGCUGGACCCAUACGUAGCACAGCCACAGGUGGGUCGUAUGGGCAGUGCGUUGGAGCUGUCUGGGAUGCAGAGGUUUGUCCCUGAGCCGUACGGUCUGGAGGAUGACCAGAGGAGUCUGGGAUAUGACGAGGCAGACUACGGCAUGGGACCGGCCAUCCACUACGGAACAGUACCACGCAACCAACAAGCCUUCAACCACGGACCGCCCCGCAGGACAGGGAGCUAUGAAGGGACUCUGGAUGGAGACAUGAGUGGAGCAGGGGACAUGUACUACUGGGGAGGUGCACCCCUGGCCCAGGGAGAGAGGGGUAGCAUGGCUUCAUUGGACAGCACCCUGAGGAAAGGCCCCGCCACUUCCUGGAGACAGCCGGAGCUGCCGGAGGUCAUCGCCAUGCUCAACUACAGACUGGACCCCGUUAAGAGCAAUGCUGCCGCCUACCUGCAGCACCUCACCUUUAAGAACGACAAGGUGAAGACAGAUGUCCGUCGUAUGAAAGGUAUCCCAUCCCUGGUGUCCAUGUUAGACAACCCUAAGAAGGAGGUCCACCACGCCGCCUGCGGAGCGCUCAAAAACAUCUCUUACGGACGAGAAGCUGACAAUAAGAUCGCCAUCAAGAACUGUGAUGGAGUACCGGCCCUGGUCAGACUGCUGAGGAAGACCAGAGACCAGGACCUGACUGAUACUAUCACAGGCACGCUGUGGAAUCUGUCGUCUCACGACUCAGUGAAGAUGGAGAUCGUUGACCACGCCCUGCACGCCCUCUCAGACGAGGUGAUGGUAGCUCACUCGGGCUGGGAGAGAGGGAACGAGGCAGGAGGAGAGGAGAACCUCAAACCACGACACCUGGAGUGGGAGACGUCCCUCACCAACACAGCUGGCUGCCUGAGGAACGUGAGCUCAGAGCGCAGUGAGGCCAGGAGGAAGCUGAGAGAGUGCACAGGAUUGGUCGACUCGCUCAUGUACAUCGUCCAAUCACAGAUCAACCUGAAAGACGUGGACAACAAGCUGAUAGAGAACAGUAUGUGUCUGCUGAGGAAUCUGUCCUAUCAGGUUCACCGGGAGGUGCCGGGCGCUGAGCGCUACCAGGAAGCCAUGUCCCUCAACCAGGGCCCCGCCCCCUCCACUGGAAAGACCAACCGCUUCAGCUCCCGCAGGGGCAAAGAUGACUGGUGUUCUAAAGGGAGAAAUGAGGACGGAGCCGAUAUGAUUGACAUUCCAAAGAGGACUACACCUGCCAAAGGUUAUGAGUUGUUGUUCCAGCCGGAGGUGGUACGUGUCUACACCUCUCUGCUGAAGGAGAGUAAGAACCCCACCGUGCUGGAAGCCUCCGCCGGAGCCGUGCAGAACCUGUGUGCCGGACGCUGGACCUAUGGGCGGUAUAUCCGUGCGUUGUUGCGUCAGGAGAAGGGUCUUCCCAUGAUGACAGAGCUGUUGGCCCAUGGGAACGACCGGGUGGUCAGGGCCAUGUCUGGAGCUCUGAGGAACCUGGCUAUCGACGCUCGCAACAGAGACCUGCUCGGUAAACAUGCAGUUCCCCACCUGGUAUCCAACCUGCCUGGUGGGGGUCAGAGCCAGCCUGUGAGGGCUCUGUCAGAGGAGACGGUGGUGUCUGUACUGAGCACCCUUCAUGAGGUACUGGGCUCCAGCCUGGACGCUGCCAAGAUCCUCAGAGCCUCGCAGGGCAUCGAGAGACUGGUGCUCAUCAAUAAGGACGGGAACCGGUCAGAGCGAGAGGUGCGUGGUGCAGGCCUGAUACUACAGUUAGUUUGGGGCUAUAAGGAGUUGAGGAAGACCCUGGAGAAGGAUGGCUGGAAGAAGACAGACUUCAUGGUGAACCUCAAUCCGCCUAACAGCACCCAGCCCCGGGUCAACGGAGGAUAUGAAGACAGUACGCUGCCGCUCAUAGACAGGGGAGGAGGAGACAAGAGAGACAUGAUUCCGCUAAAUGAUAUGGGACCAGAUGCCUACUCCACACUGGACCAGAGGGGGAGGAAGAACACUCUGGACGGAACACUCAAGCCUGCUGACAAAGACACAGCACAGGGAGGGCUGUAUGAGGAGAGGCGGGACUCUGUUCCUCUCAUGGACUCUUAUGACGAGAAACUGAUAGUGUGCAUCACUAGAAGAGAGCAGCCUCUACCGGCCUACUGCCCCUGCUGAACCUCUGGAUACUCACUGAGGGACCACUGACUCCACUAGGACUGGACUCUCUCCUUCUGCGUCUCUUUUCUUUCUCUCUUUUUCCUGUCUUCUCUAUCUCCCAAUUUCUUAAUCUUCUUUCCCUCUUAUCUCUCUCGGGUUCUGUGACAUAAGCCACUUGCAUGUCCUUCAGCCUUCCUCACCUCCCUAUCUCUCUCCCUCCCUAUCUCUCUCAUUCCUCUAUUUAGACUGUGACUUAGCCACUAAAGGAACACUAUGGACUCCUGACAUCCUCCUGACAUCCCUCUUCUAGCUGUCGACACUACUAUGACAUAACACCACUUCUAAUUUAGUAACUCCUCCCACCACAGUGACACACUAACCCCCAACACUACACUCGCUCCUCCCACCACAAUAGGGACAGUUGUGACUUCAUCUGGGAACUGGGAACGUUCACCACCACAGUAGCAAAGCUAAUCAAAAGGGAAGUGUUGGAAUGGGAUUCAAACUGUAACUGAACUUAAACUGACAAACCUCCUUUUUUUACUGGAAUGGUUAAAACUGCAUUUCUAGAAGUAAUUGUGAAGAUUUCCAGUCAACGUUUUUUUUCUUGUGAUAACUAAUUACCACUAAACUUCUGUUUCCCAACAAAGAAUCAAUGUUUGUUGAUCUACCGCCGGCGUUGCUUUCGUCUGUUUGAAGUGUGAUUGCUGAGUUGUGGUUCUGACUACAGUGAUGAACACGUGCCAAACUACACACCACUAUUGCACUAACUUUCUACUACAGAGUAUUUCUGAACACUACUUCUCUUCUCAGAGCCACAUCUGUUGUGAUGUUAUAGUGUAUAUGACAUCAUUGGGUGAUGUCAGACGGGCAGUGUUGUGGCAAAGGAUUGUGGGAAAGUAAGUAGCUUGACGACCACUUUAACAUUUUACACAUGGGUCUUGCGUCACAGAACAUUCUUGUUGAUAGUCUGUUCUGCAGAGUAUAUUUCUAUGAUUUUCAGCCGUGUAUAAUAGACCAGUGAACCGUUUUGGCUCUAUUCAAUACAUUUCUAUCUGUGGGGCUCUUUAGCAUCAUUGUUAUAUUCCCUUUCUCAACUCCCUCUGGUUCUAAUGGUUCUCCUGAAGCUAUGGGAGAAACCACAGAUUUGAUUGUUGAUCCAGUGAGUGCAUUUCUUUCAAUCUGCAAGUCUAUAUAUAUGAAUGUGUAAAUAUGUGAUUGCCUUCAACUACGUCUGUGUGGCUAUUGGCUAACUGGAGUGCCUCGUUCGUUGAUUGGUCUAAUGGGGGGGGGUUUGCCCUGGGGAUAUCAUUCACUAGCAGCUACAUUCCAGAACAUUGCAUCCAAAUGGAAUGUAUAGAACAGUUUUUUUGUGUGUUCCGCAUAAUAACACAAUGGAAUGUAUAGAGUUGAUAUGAUUGAUGCUCUGCAUAUGGAACAGAGAGAACCAUUCUAGUGCCAUACAUUCCACGUCAGACUGGAGUGUUCCAGCCUACUGAACCUACGCCUGGGUGUCCAUCUACCCUGCUGGACUGGCUGGUGUCCAUGGAGACCUCAGAACACUAAGAGGGGAGAGGACACAUUUAGCUGGUGGUUUUCCCCCAGACAGAGUUCCUUUAGUACCGUAGACGGCAUUAUUAUUCUCAGUGCAGAGUAAGAUGUAGAUAUUUUCUCAGUAGAUUAAAGCACUAGGGGUAAAAGCGUUUCUUGGUUCCUUUGAUUAUUUUCAUGCCAAUCCAACACUACAAAUGGUCAGUCUCAGAAAAAUGUAAAUGAGUUGCCUUGUAACCAGAUAUAGUCCUAGAAUGAGAUGAUCUAGAACUGAUACAGGAAAUGAUGUGGGAGUGGAAUCCAAUGGGAAAGUGGGACUAAAGAGGGGCGGAGCAUAAAAUUUGCAAGAUUGUUAUGAGUGCAAAGACCAGAUUUUGAUUCUAGUUGCUAUUUAAAAAAAGCAAAUUUAACUAUAUAUACACAAGAUAAAUAUUUGUUAAUUUGAAUGGUUUUAUGUAUUUUUCUUUUUUAAAAAUAUUUUAUGAUUUGGGUUUAUUCGUCUUGCAGGUAAUUGUGGGUGAACGCAUAUGCAAUCGGGUUUAUUUUUUAAUUGAGAAACAUUUAUGGUUUAUAUAUUUUAAUUAAAGAUAAAACAAGAAAAACACAAUGUAAAAUCAAUUUUGCAUUCCAAAUGGUCCCCUAUUCCCAAUAUAGUACACUACUAAAUGGCCUGAUAUGGCUCUGGGUGAAAGUAGUUAACUAUAUAGGGGGCCUUUUAGGAGACAGUCCAACUCUCAAUUUCUGUCAUCAGUUUAUUAUUGGAACGCUGAUCUAAAAUGUGAUUCUGAAUGAAAACCUUAAUCUCUUCUAUGCCUUGGCUCUUAAUGUUGCACAUUUCUCUCAUGAAUGGAAUAUGUAACAAGCAAUACUGUUUAUAAUAAAAAAGUGCAUUUUUCAA